CUUUCUCUCUUUCUCUCUCUCUCUCUAUACAUAUAUAUAUUUAUUUUCUGUAUAUAAAACCCAAUCCAAUCAAAUCCAAUCAAGCUUUACAUAUAUAAAAAAAAGAAAUGCCUGUGGAUAGUAGUGAACAGGUCCCCCUUCUUCAAGAAGCAAAAGUCAAAAAGGGCUGUUGCUCUACAGAUCCCAAGAAACAAUGCUGUUCAUCCAAUAGACCCUUGACUAUUUCCACCCAGGGCACACAAAAUGAUCAAGAUGAUCCUAAUAACUAUUGUCACUUGGCAAAUCAACCAUGGAAAUACAAAUGUUUAGCCUUGGCUUGUGUCCUCUUGCUGUCUGUGGGUAGUCACUUUUCUGCACACACAUUGGGGGCCAUGAAAUCCAUCAUUAAAACGGAAUAUGGAAUAUCAAAUUCACAAUAUGGUGCCCUCCAAUCAAGUGUCUCUAUUGUCAACACAAUCUUGCCUCUCAUCGGAGGCAUCUUUUUGGAUGCAUUUGGCACAAACACUGGAUCGAUAUUAACCACGGUUCUGAUUGCCUCUGGAAAUAUCUUGGUGGCUGCCUCUGCCUCAUCCGCAAAUCUUUCAAUGAUGAUCACAGGCAGAAUUCUUUAUGGAAUCGGCAGUGGUACAGUAGUCAUUGUCCAGGAAACCAUAUUGAGUCAGUGGUUCAAUGGUCAAAGUUACGCAAUCGUUGUAGCCAUUAUGCUAUCAGUCAGUAGAGCAAGCUCAUUUCUGGCACAAUUCACUGUCAUUCCUAUUGCUGAAUGGACAGGAUGGUACGGCUAUGGUCUAUGGUUUGCCGCCGGUUUGUGCAUCCUUUCUUUUGUUGUAAACCUAAUGUACCUGGCCCUCCUAAGACAAGUAUCCGAUGUUUCGGCAUCUCAUUGUCGCACCCAAAUUGCCGUCGUCAAGCGCCAAAGGUCAUUCAAGUGGUCAAAGCUGCUUUAUUUGCCACAUUCCUAUUGGCUCGUGUUUGCCAUGGAAUUCCUUUUGGGCGGUGCCUGGGGUUGUUUCCUUCACAUCAACAGUGAGCUUGUCAAGUUUCGAUUUGACUAUGAUCCUAGACGGGCUGCCUCGGUUGGUAGUGUAGCUCAAGUGGCUCCUAUCUUUGUGAUGCCUGUCUUGGGUCUAUUUAUCCGCUGGUUUGGCAAACGUACCUGGCUUAUGAUCGGAAGUGGCCUAACUUUCCUGUUCUCACUUAUUUUGCUCGGAUACACCUACGUAAACCCUGUGGUCGGCAUGUUCCUCUUCAGUCUCAGUCUGGCCUUUGGACCAGUCAGCCUGGUGUCGUCUGUGCCUGUUAUCUUGCCAUUCUCACUCGUGGGCACAGGCAUGGGACUCAUCAAGUCAGGGACCAAUAUCGGUGCGUCCCUGUUUGACAUCACGACCGGGUUCCUCCAGGAUGCUGAUCAACACAAGGGCUACACUGGAGUGAUCAUCUUCUUCAUUGCCAUCGGUAUCCUCUCCACCCUCUGCGGCGUCGUACUGUUCAUUCUCGAUCGCACCCUGUACCACAACAUCCUCGAUCAGUCGGCCAGGACAGUCAAAUCCAAUGAGGACUGCGGGGAAACAGUACCCCAGCCUGUCGUACCAAAGAUGACCACCAAGCUAAAGGCCAAUUGGUUCUAUGGUGGUGUCUAUGUAUUCUUGGCUAUCAUCAGCUGGAUAUUGUUUUUCCGAUUUGUCUUGUUUCCCUAAAGACAAACCAUAUCAUAUCAUAUCAUAUCAUAUCAUAUCAUAUCACACAUGAAAUUACAUGAAAUAAUACUCGUAUACGUGUGUGUGUAUAUUUUGGAUUCUACAUUGACUGACUAUACCUAUUUUUUCUUAUUCUUCUUAUUUUAUUUACUGCUACUUCUUUUAUAUAUAUUUAUAUACAGAUACAUGAUAUCCAAACAAGUAAAGACAAUAAUAUUUGUAUAGUUUUCAUAUGAAAUAAACCAAAAAAGAAAGAAAAGCAGAUAAUGAAAGUAUCAAAU